CCUGCAGCCGCUCGGCGCAGCGCCGGUCCCGCUCGCUUCCCAGCCUGCCCCGUGCAGCCCGGGCAUGCCCAGUGCGGGAGGUGCGGGCCCCGGCCUGGGGAGCGGCGCCGGCUGGAAGGCGGCGGGCAGCGGCGGCGGCAGCCGGGGCCGGGAGAGCCGAGCGGGGCCGCGGGCAGGCUCUGUUUUUUCAGGCUCUUCACGAUGAGAGAUUUUGGGAUCCUUCUCUUCCCUUCUCCCUGUAGUUGAUAGUUUGGGUGGUGGAAGUGAUGCAGAAGUAGAGAUGGCUGACAGUGUCAAAACAUUUCUCCAUGAUCUUGUCAGGGGAAUCAAGGACUCCAUCUGGGGCAUCUGCACCAUCUCCAAAUUGGAUGCCCGGAUCCAACAGAAAAGGGAAGAGCAGCGUCGAAGAAGGGCAAGCAGUGUUUUAGCACAGAGAAGAGCCCAAAGUGAGGAGCGGAAGCAGGAGAGUGAGCCAAGGAUAGUGAGCAGAAUUUUCCAGUGCUGUGCUUGGAAUGGAGGAGUAUUCUGGCUGAGUCUUCUCUUGUUUUACCGAGUAUUUAUCCCUGUGCUUCAGUCAGUAACAGCUCAAAUUAUUGGAGAUCCCUCUCUGCAUGGAGAUGUCUGGUCCUGGCUGGAGUUUAUCCUCACCUCUAUCUUUAGUGCUCUGUGGGUGCUCCCUCUGUUUGUGCUCAGUAAAGUGGUGAAUGCCAUAUGGUUUCAGGAUAUUGCUGAUCUGGCAUUCGAGGUAUCUGGGAGGAAACCUCAGCCUUUCCCAAGUGUCAGCAAGAUCAUCGCCGACAUGCUUUUUAAUCUCUUACUACAGGCCCUUUUCCUGAUCCAGGGCAUGUUUGUCAGUCUAUUCCCGAUCCAUCUCAUUGGCCAGUUGGUCAGUCUCCUGCACAUGUCUCUUCUCUACUCACUUUAUUGUUUUGAGUACCGUUGGUUCAACAAAGGAAUUGAAAUGCAUCAGCGAUUAUCCAACAUUGAAAGGAAUUGGCCUUACUACUUUGGAUUUGGUCUACCCUUGGCCUUCCUCACAGCAAUGCAGUCUUCUUACAUCAUCAGUGGCUGUCUCUUCUCUAUCCUCUUCCCUCUGUUCAUCAUCAGCGCCAAUGAAGCGAAGACCCCUGGGAAAGCGUACCUCUUCCAGUUACGCCUCUUCUCCUUGGUGGUCUUCCUAAGCAACAGACUCUUUCACAAGACGGUCUACCUGCAGUCUGCCCUGAGCAGCUCAGCCUCUGCCGAAAAGCUCCCCUCACCUCAUCCAUCUCCUGCCAAACUGAAGGCUGCUGCAGCCCACUGAGCUGCCUCCAAGGGGAGGGAUGGCUUUGGGGGGAGGCACUGGUGGUGGCUUCCUCAGUUUCCCCUAACCCAGGGAAAGCAGGACCCACCCUGCCAAGGGCCCUCAGCACAUUCCCGUUGUUCUCUGUGGGAUCUGGAGUUUUACUGUCUUGUAAGUGUAGGCCAGGAUCUUUUUGAUGCCAGGUGUGGAUUUUUAAUGCUGUCAGCGUGACCGCAGAUUUUUCUGCAGCUGUUUUCUAGCCUUUGCCAGCCCUGUGCCUGUGCUGAUUUGAACACUUUGCUUUUCUCCCCGUGCCAUCCCUCCCCUUUGCUCUGCCACCCUUGGAUGAAUGGAUUUUGUAAAUCCAGUUUGUUUGUUUUUCUGUGUGUGUGUGUGUGUGUGUGUGUUGUGUGUGUGUGUGUGUGUGUGUGUGUGUGUGUGUGUUUGUUUUUUGGUGAAACCUGCUCAUUGGGUGUGGAGGGAGGGGGAGUCUCCCAGCUAGUCCUGGUUACUUCCUUCUGCGGCCUUCACUGUCUUUGGUUCUUGUGACUCAGGUUAGGUUUUCAUCCCUUCUACUUCACAGCAAAAAAAAAAAAA